CUGAGGUUGAGUGGAUUGGUUGGUUUUACAUUUAUUUCAUUUUUCAUCUAACAAUUUCAUUCAUUGGCGACCUUCUCCUAAUUCACCGUCAGUUUAGAACAAGGAAAUACUGGAAUUUCUUCAAAAUGGCUUGUUUAACCCAGGAAACUGAUGACUGCCCGACCACAUAUUCCCCUACCACUCCCCAUUUCUUCAAGAUCAUUGUAAAUGACACUUCCAAAUACAACAAAAUUAAAAUUCCGACGAAAUUUGUGAUGAAAUAUGGAGAUGGUCUGUCAAAUUCAGUUGUUCUUCAGGUUCCAAGUGGUCCGGAAUGGGAGAUGGAACUUAGAAGAUAUGAUGGUGAGGUUUGGUUGGAGAAAGGUUGGCCAGACUUCUCACAUUUUUACUCUCUAGACUUUGCUCAUUGGCUGGUUUUUGGGUACGAAGGGAACUCGAAAUUCCUGGUUCGCAUAUUUGAUAGAAGCUGCACAGAGAUUGAGUAUCCACUACAAACUCCUGAGGAGAAAGAAACUGAUGAAGAUUCCAUUUCCAAUAAUUCUGAUCAUGAUUCUAGUGAUGAUGCUCGUGAUGAUUAUGAGGCUCAUUCUGGCGAUGAUUCUGUUCAAAUCUUAGAGGAAUUGUCACCCUGCCAAAGAGAAACAAAAGGGAAAUCUCCAUUGCCGUGUCCUCGACCUCACAAGAAGGAUAUAACAAGUUCAAGUGGCAAAGCUGGUCCCUCUGCAAGGGCAAAGGCUAAAGCUCUUCAGAUGGUUAGUUCCUUUACAUCUGAAUACCCUUUUCUCAAGGUUGCCAUGCAGCCCACAUAUCUCCAAUAUUGCUAUUUGAGCUUGCGAUCCAAGUUUGUCAAGAAACAUCUUAGCAAGACUUGUGAUCAUGUCUUCCUUCGGCGUUCAGAUGGGAGAACUUGGCGUGUCAAACUAGAACAAUAUGAGACUGGAAGAUGCAGAUUGCUGAGUGGUUGGAAGAAAUUUGUGCAAGAGAAUAGUUUGGCGAUUGGUGAUGUGUGUGUCUUUGUGUUGAUUGACAACAUCAAACCUUUAUUCAAUGUUAUCUUCUUCCCCACCACGUAGAAAGCUGCAAAUUGCACCUCCAAUAAUUGCAAGAGAAGAGUGAUGGAUGAAGUCGUUGAAGUUGAAUAUUGCAACAUGAAUACUACCUAGCUUAAGAUCAUUAUAUAUAUACUUCUUGAUGAUUGAUCAUUCUGUUUAUUCAAACUUUAUAUUAGUUAAUCUGUGCUUGUUUACUUUCCCUUAUUAAUCUAUCAUGUUCUUGGUUCUCCAUUGAA